GUUGGCUAAGCCUUGAACGUUGUGUGACCAGAAUCCUGAGGCUUUACGAACCUCUCGCGAGCUACUUCAAAUCUGCAAAUGAAAAUCAGGCCAGAUUCAAGAGGCUUGUGCAGGAAUUUACUGACCCCAUGACAGAAGUGUACCUGCUGUUCUACCAAGCCACUGUACCAACCUUCACUGACUUCAACUUGCUUCUCCAGAGACAGCAGUCAGCCAUAUAUUUGUAACAUGAUGAGAUGGUGAAAUUCGUACGCAAGCUGUGUUCAAGAUUUAUGGUUCCAGCAGCUCUGCAAGGCCAUGAGGAGCCUUGUGCAAUUGCCUACGAAGAGAAGGCAAACCAUUUGCCAGGGAAAAAGUUGAACAUUGGGUUCACAACCAGGGCUAAACUCACCAGAUAUCUGGAUGAGGGUGACAUCACACCACGGCAGGUGGAUACAUUCCAUGAAGCUGUGUUAAGUUUCUUAACAAGUGCUGUGGGCUAUGCACUUAGGAAGCUGCCACUGGAAGAGCCAGUGAUCAAACAUUCAAAAUGUGUAGAUGUGCGGCAGAGGGCUGAAAGUGGCAUUGAAGAUGUCCUUUACUUUGUUGAAAGGUUCCCCCAUCUCCUCCCAUACCAUGGGCCAGAGGAGCAUGACCACCUGGGUGAGGAGUUUUUAAACUAUCAGACAAUGCCAACAAUCUCCCUUCAUGAAGAAACGGAUAUGGAAAGCUUCUGGGCUGGAAUGGCAACACGGAAACAUAAGGUAACAGGAGCCAAAGAAUUUCAGAGGCUUGCUGCCGUUGCCAAGCUGGUUCUGGUGUUGCCCCAUUCGAAUGCAGAUGCUGAGAGGGUGUUUUCAGUUGUGGGACUGAAUAAGACAAAACCAGAAAUAGCCUGGCAUUAG